ACCAUGGAAACAUAAGUCUAUUGAUUAAACAAUAUUCAGUUCAUCAAUCAGCUUGAGCCAAUACUUGGUUUAUACUCAUUUUUAUUUAUAUAAAUUUUACAUUUGUAUCUGAAAAUAAACAAUGGAUCCUUGCAAAUAUCGCGAACCUCAAGUAAUCAACCACCUGAUGAUUGCUAAAUGUCUAGAAGAACAAGGAUUAAAAGGCGAACUAGGCCGCUUAGCUCGAGAGGAAGGAAUUCCUUGGGAUGAAGUUCUUCACAUAAGACUUGAAUUUAUGAAUAUUCUUCGAAUUGACCAUUUGUGGGUGCUACCAGCUCUAACAGAACUAACACUAAGCAAUAAUAUUAUCGAAAAGAUAGAAGCACUAGGCACCCUUGUAAACCUCCGACAUUUAGACAUCUCCUUCAAUAAAAUAUCAAAAAUUGAGAACUUGGACGAACUGGUUAAACUAGAAGUGUUUAAUUUAUUCAGCAAUCGAAUCACUACGCUUGAAAACAUGGAUAAUAUGAAAGAACUAAUGAUUUUUAGCAUUGGCUGUAAUAACAUUACUGAUAGAAAAAAUGUGCUAUAUUUGAGAAGAUUUAAAAAGUUAAAGUCAGUUAACAUGGCUGGCAAUCCAGUUACAGAAGAGGAAGAUUUUCGAGUUUAUAUAGCAACGUUUUUACCACAAAUAUUGUACUACGAGUAUAAAUUAAUCGAUAGUACUGAGCGGAUUGGUGGUGAAGGAGUAUAUUUAUCACAAAUAAAAGAGGUCGAAGCUGCGGAGAGUGUAACACGAGAACGUGAAGAACGCCUUGAAGCCGAAGCAAUCGAAGCAGAAUUACAUUCAGAAAGUUUUGUGGAAUUCUUAGGAACAAGUCACCUCUUCAAUCAAAUGUUUGAAAGCGAUGUUGAUGGUAGAGUUUUCGCUAAAAUCAAUGACGAAGCACAAGAGUACUACAAUGAGUUUAGAUCAAUUUUUAUGAGUCUAGCGACGCAAAUAUUUGAAAGCGGACAAGAACAAUACAAACUACGCAAGGAAGAAGUUGGUGAAUUUACAGCAGUCACUGAAGGAGCUAAAUAUGAUAAUCAACAAGAAAGCAUAAAACUGAUGGAGGAAUUCAAAGAUCAAAAGGCAGGCAUGUAUAAACAGGUUGACGACGACAAGAAAUUAUAUAUAAACAAGAAGCUAACUUAUCAAGACUACCACCUAAACGUUGCUAAAUAUAAAAAAAUCUAUGAAGACAAAGUAAAAGCAACCUGGAAGAUUCUAAUGAGUCUGGAGGUCAUUUUAUAUGAACAGAUGGAGGAACUCAAUCAAGUUUUCGAACAAUCUCUUACAGAAAUGAUUAAUAACUUUAUUGAGAUGGCACAAGGCACGUUUGCGUUAAUGCGCAGCGCUGAAGGGACUUAUACCGAACAAAUAGGUGAAAUGUUAAUGAGACUGUACACAUCUUUAAACAUUUCACCUGAUAUAACAAUUAUUCCGCCUGAAGCGGAAGCGUAUUUUGAAGAUCGUGAAGUACUGAGUAAUGCAAUAGUUGCUUCACAUGACGCACAUUUAUUGGCGAUUGAUAACCGAGAAGAUAGAUUAAUGCGACGAGCAAGAUUAUGGUUGAGUAAUCUGGUGAAUGAUCUACAAAAAAAUGAAAUAACACGUAACCGAGCAAAAGUUCUGGAAAUCACGCAUUACCUUGACAUACAAAGAGAAGACUUUAAGAAAGAAGUUGUCCUUCAAGAAAUUACAAUUGAUUUGUAGAAAAUAGAAAUUAAAUGUUCUUAUCUGUUUAA